AUGGCCCCUGUCCGUCUACAGACGCCGCACUUGGAGAUGGUACCCGCGGAACUGCUCUUGCCGCUGCCUCCGUUUACACCACCCAUCUUGGACCCUUUGCAUUCACAUGAAGGCAUUGUGUCGUGCCCAGUCCCAGGCACCCGCUGCCCUACCUGCGCCAAAGAAGGCAAGGAAGUUUGGGUGAUUCCCGGCCGCAACUGCGGAUACUGCAACACACCUUGCUGA